AUGCUUCAUAACUCUGAAGACAAACCCACAGUGAAUGAAUAUAUUCCAGAGUUACGGGACAAAUCAGCCUCCCAAAACUUGAGGCAACCAAAUAUAGUACAAAGUGCUUAUGAAAUGAUACCUGAUGAUGGUGACAAGCUAAGUCAACAGCUACGAAAUGAUGAAAUAGAAAUAAUCAGCCCUGAAACACAUCCUGAAUAUUUUGUACCUGUUGCUCCCGAUGGUGGUUGGUCAUGGGUGGUUCUGUUCGCAACAUUCUGUAAUUACUUCAUAAUUGAUGGUAUCUUCUUCUCUAUUGGUCUAUUAAUGGUCGAAUGGACAGAUCAUUUUGGUGCAUCAAAAACUAAAGUCUCUCUAAUCAGUUCAUUAAUGUUAGGAUGCUAUCAAAUUAUUGGACCUAUCUCUGCAGCAGUGACAAAUAAGUUUGGUUGUCGACCAGUAGCUCUUUUCGGGUGUUGUUUGGGAUCGAUAUCCAUCUUCAUCAGUUCUCUAAUGCCUAGUGUAGAAGCGCUAAUUAUCACUUUGGGAAUAUUUACUGGUAUAUCAUUUGGACUAAUAUAUUUACCAGCAUUAAUAGCUGUUAGUUUCUACUUUAACAAAAAACGUGAAAUAGCUAGUGGGAUAGCUGUCACUGGUACACCGUUAGGUGCUGUAGUAUUUGGCCCCUUAUCAGGAUUCCUUAUUAGACGUUAUGGUUGGUCGAAUACAUUGAUACUAUUCUCUGCAUUUAUGCUCCAUGGUGUUUGUCUGUCAUGUCUGUAUCGUCCAUUGAAACCAAAAAGUAAAUUAGAAGCGUUAGAUUUAUUAAAAGAAACCGAUGAAACUGCUAUUGGAUUAGUUGAAGAAAUUCAAAGUAAUCUAUUUUUAUCAAAUGCAUUUAUUCGAUCAAAUCAAUUUUUCAAUUCUACUGGUCGAAUGGGUCAAACUCUUUAUGAAGUGGAUGAAGUAAAUGAAGAUGAACAAAAAAGUUUCAAUAAAGAAUCUACUAAAAGUACAAGUAAACAGUUCGAAAAUGAAAAAGCUGAAAAAAAGCAGUUUGACAAGAAAGAAAGUGAAUAUGGAAUUGAAAAGAAAGAAAUGCCUAAAUUAUCUGAUCAGGAGAAGAUGCUAAAUGAAGUCGAUAGAAAAUUGAUUGAUUCAGGCAGUUUGGCACAUUCUACUCAAGUAACAUUGUCAAAUUUGCCCGUUACAAAAGAGACAACAGAAAUCUCUUCCGAAUCUAUUGAUCAAUACACUUCUGUAAAAGACGACAAACUGAAGAAUUCUCUUCAUGAAAAUUAUCAACAAACAGAUGAUAAAUCAUCUGAACAUGAAGAUAAAACGUUCAGGCGGGAAGAUAUUGAGAAAGACUCUAGAAGCGAUGAAAGACAAAAUGAAGAACAGUCCAACCAACCUGAUCGUAAUCGUAAUUUACUUGAUGAUCAAUCAGUAAUACAUAGUUUAUCAAAAAUGUCACCAAAGUUGAUCAGUUUUUCACAUAGUAGAUCUGGUAGAACAGACCCAACAUCAUAUAUUUUCUCCACGCCUUGUUUAAGUGUGAAUCCAGGUUAUGAUGAACACACUGGUAAUGCAUCUGCUAAAUUCCUGCAAGAUGUCAACCAUAGACGAGCUAGACAGCCUCUAAGAAAUCAGUUUUUACCAAACCAGAGAAUUCAACGUCCUACUACUUCCAGACAACGUCAUCUGUCACAUAACCUAACACCAAAUAUUCCUACUAUUGAAGAAGAUGAAAUAUUAACCAAAUCUUGUGCUCAUGAUCAACUACUUGGACUUACAGGUCGUCGAGAAUUCACUUCUGCAAUUACUGUCCCAAAUCUUUUCAGAGAUAGACGAGGAAUUCCUCCAGAUACAAAUCCAAUUAGCUCUGGUCUUAUUCGUGGUUCUGUUAUGAGUGGACUAACUUCGUAUCCACAGAAAUUGGAAAUUUACAAAAUUGACUCUAAACCUGUUUUAGUUGCAUUACCACAUCAAUCUAUUACUGUUGAAGACUAUUCACGACCUCUCUAUAGAAGUGAUAUAUUUUUCAGUGGUAAUCCCAUUCCAAAUCUAUCAACUGAACAAUAUUUAUCAAAUAUUGGAUUAUCAUCGACAAACAUUGUAAAUAAAGCUAAUCAACAAAAUUUGAAUGAUAGAGAUAUUUCUAAUUCACAUUUAACAAUUCAUUUGAAUGAUACUAAUGGUUACAAUGAUGGUCGUGGUCUAACUGACUGUGAACAUGAGUCCGCUUUCUAUCAAUCACAAUCCAAUUGGAUGGAAUCACUUAUUGUCUCAUUGACAAGUAUACCUUUACCAAAUGAUGGUGAUAACAGAGGUAUAUUGACAAAACAGAAUUUAGAUGAAAAAUCACAUAAAAGUCUUUCUGAUUAUGGUGGUAGUAGAUUACAAAAUUUAGCUCCUGAUGAAGUUGAUGAUCUCAAUGAUGAUGACGGUGUUAUUCAUGAUAUAUCUUUGUGUGAUAUUUGCCUAACUGGUAUCCGUCGUCUUCGAGAUGGUCGUUUAUGUUCAUCAUUUUCAUGUUUAAAAAGAUUAUAUGACUGUUUGACUUGUUUCCCUAAUGAUAAACAAAUUUAUAAACCUGUAAAUAAAGAACACUUUAAUCAUUCAAAGUUUGAUACUGUUGAUGAAUUAAGCCCAAAUGAUUAUGAGGAAUCACCUAAAUAUACAAGAUGUACUCGAAGAGUACAGUGUAAUUUCAUUUCUAUUAAGCCUAUCGUUGAUGUAUUGAGUACAAUGUUAGAUUUAUCACUUCUACGCAAACCGAAAUAUUUAAUAUUGUGGAUUUCUAAUCUAACUGCUGUUUUAGGUAUGUAUGUACCAUUGAUAUAUGUGAGCGACUUUGCAUCAGUCUAUGGUAUAUCAAAUAAAUUGUCAUCUUACCUUUUGUCUAUAAUGGGAGGUUCAAGUAUUGCUUCACGCUUGCUUAUUGCAUGGAUAAGUGGUUUACCACAUGUAUCUCCAUUAAUUGUACAAACAAUUUCACAAUUUCUACUUGGAAUACUUGUCUGUUCAAUGCCAGUCUUGACAACGUUUUCAGGUAUGGCUAUAGCCUUUGCACUUUAUGGAUUCUUAAGUGGUAUUUUUUCAACACUCAGUACAAUCAUACUGUAUGAUUUAGUUGGAAUGAAUGAAUUAACUACAGCUGUUGGCUUAAUCACAUUAUCACGUGGUAUAUCGAGCGUAUUUGGACCUCCAUUAGCAGGUGUUCUAUUCGAAGCAACUAAAAGUUUUAAAAUUCCCUAUUUUGUGGCCGGUAUGUCUAUCGUGAUAUCUGCCCUACUUUUUCUACUGAUUGUGUGUUACAAUGGAAUUGCUCAUUUUUUCACCCUUUUGUUGCUGAAGUAUAGCAGUUCAAAGAAGUCAAAAUUUCCAGCGGAUCAAGAUGAAGAUCGUCAGAUAAAACAGAAAUUAAGUCAAAUUGAUACAGAUGAAUUGUGAAGUCCGAUGAUAGUACAUCAUACCUCAAUGAAUAUACUUCACAUUAAAAUUAAUGAGUACAAACUAAACCUUACUUUUGAUACCAAUACCUCUGUCUCUCUCUCUCCCUCCCCCUCUAUACAUGAAAUUAGAUCAAUCCAAAACAAACUGUUGUAUUGAUUUUAUUUGUAGUUUAACUCCUUCACGAUUUGC